UCGUCCAAUCAGAGAGCAGCAGGGGGCGUGAACCGUUUCUUCUGUAUUUACUUCCGUCAAUACCUCUCCAGCAGGGCUCCAAAGAGAAACGGGCAACAAAGGAGCCGUGGUCGACCGUUCAGUCCUUCAGGUGUUUGAAGGGACUGCAGCUCUCUCUCCCCCAGGUUAAAAUGCCUUUCUUAGGCAAAGACUGGAGGUCGCCUGGGUGGAGUUGGACAAAGACAGAGCAUGGCUGGGAGAGGCUUGUGUUCUUUGGACACGAGCUGGAGGACAACAAGGAGAUAAAGCUGAAAGAGUUCUGCAGCGACAACAAUGAAAACCUGUUUGUCGGAGAGGUGCGUGAGCUCGCCAACACCAAGAGGAAAAAGGACUUGUACAACAACAACACCAGGUCCCAGUUUGUUUUCACUGAUAAAUGGAUCUACGUGCAGAAAGGGAGCACAAAGGAACGACACGGCUACUGCACGCUUGGAGAAGCGCUUAACCGGCUAGACUUUUCCAGCGCCAUUCAAGACUUGAGAAGAUUCAAUUACGUUGCAAAGCUUUUUCAGCUGAUAGCCAGGUCUCAGCUGACGUCUUUGAGCGGAGCUGCUCAGAAAAACUAUUUCAAUAUUCUGGAGAAGAUUGUGCGAAAGGUCCUAGAGGACCACUACAAUCCUCGUCUUGUCAAAGAGCUUCUGCAGGACCUGAGCUCCACGCUUCAUAGUCUGACUGUCCAGUUUGGCAGAUGUGUCCUCGUGGGCAACGUGAACAUCUGGCUGUGCCGCUUGGAGACUAUUGUUAAGUGGCAGCAGGAGCUCAGCAACAUGCAGAUCCCUAAGCAAAUGUGCACGGGCAUGACGUUCAACGACUUGCCGCUGCACAUGCAGAGCAAGAUCCUCUGCAAGUUAUCUGAUGCUUGUGACAUCAUUAACCUGGGACAGGCCACACCCACACUGCACAUCCUCAGCGAGAACAGGACGCUGUGGAAGAAACUCUGCUACUUCCAUUUCUCAGACAAGCCGUUAUGCAGGAACUUGGUUUUAGCAAACCAUGACAAUGUGGACUGGAAGCUGGUGUACUUCACCCUGCAGAAACAUUACCCCAUGAAGGAGCAGUACGGUGACACACUGCACUUCUGCAAGCACUGUAGCAUCCUCUUCUGGAAGGACCGCCAUGUGGCUUUAUUAUUCAAGGACUUCGGCCACCCGUGCACAGCCAACGAUCCAGACAGCUGCCUGAUGCCCAUUUCUCCUCAGCACUUCAUUGACCUCUUCAAAUUUUAAACCCUUCGUGACGCUCCAGAGGCAAAGUUUACCUUAAAUCCCACAUCAAGCCUGUGUGCAGAUGUCGUUUACUCAAAUAUAAAGGGCUUUAAUUGAACAAAAGGCAUUUUUUAAAAUGCCUUUACUUUAAAAUGCACACAUCUAAAUAUUUUCAUGAAGAGAGAGCUUUUCUGCUCAUUUUGAACACACAGGGAAUAUAACAGGAUUGUGUUUUCUUCCACACAAGACAGAGAAAAAAAACUUCCAAGAGAGGGAAAGAUAUGUAAAUAAUAUUAUUUUAUAAGUAUAUGACAUGUUUUAGCAUGUUUGUAAUAGAUGGGUGAUAAUUGGUGGGAUGUAAUUUGUUAAAAGAAGAGAAAUAUUAUUAAAAGAUGGAGUUUGUUAAUGUACCUGAUCAUGGUGGCAUUUUACUGCAGCAACUGCAGCUGUUUGUCACUCCGUUUACAAUCCGUGUGUUGUCCUUUGUUAGUUCCUGUUGUGCUGUUUACGUCUAAAGAGUCAACUAAACUUCGAUGUAAAGCUGUCUGCUCUACUUUUUUUUUUUUUACUUGCAGACUGACAGGAAUCUGAAAAGAUUUUGUAGCCCUCUUCCAAUUUUCGUAAUAUCCCUUUACUGUUACUUUUCCUGGUGGUACUACGAUGAAUUGUAUUGGGCAUAAACUAGCUGCAAAAUAAAUACCUCUAAAAGUGA